GCCUUCUUCCACACCUCUACAUCUUUUCCUUGCCUUCCCCAAGCCAAAGAAGACGACCAGAGACAGAGCCGCUGGCAAUUUAAGCUGACUUCGUUGUUAUAUAUCCUUCAUCAUCAACCUUGUCGUCAGCGUCCUUCGUCUGCUCGACCACAACCCCCAUUGUAGACCUCUGUCGACUAUCAUUGUUUCUCCGAAACACGGUCGCUCCCACAAUCGUCCAAUUAAGAAGCCACACCUGCUGGCGUUUUUAAUAUACACUCACUCUUUCUCGCGUCCCAUUGUGAUGAGGGCUUAACGAUAACAACACGUACAACUCCGUUGACCUUUUCUUUACCCCGUUGCUGCACCACACAAAGAAGACCUGAAACACGAUGUCUGCACGCAUCGACCAAAUGUUGGUGGAGGCGACUCGCGACUGCACGCCAUGCUCGCCUCGUACGCCUUCCAUCGCACCAUCGCUGACCUAUUCGGAGGACUCUGUAGACCAGGAUGAAUUACAACAACCUGAGCUCCCGCGCCGGCGCCGUGCGUCUACAAGACUCAUUGCCCAGAGCGCAGCGGAUGUUCAACGCAUCACUGGUGAAUCUACUACGGAAUUGAUCAGCAGGUGCUGUGGUGGCGGCUGUUGCAUGAAUUUGGCGAAGAGGAAGAAGGAGGGGCAAGGCUUUGAACGCAUCCCAUUUCCCGAUAACGAUGCCUAUAAAUCCCUUGGUCUGAGACUCGAUGAAAUACCGUCGACCCUCACCAACAUUACAGAUUUACCGGAACAAACCGCCUUCUUCACCCCUAUUCGACGCACCUCCAAUAACAUGCCGUCAUCGCCUACGGACUCUGCCAUUUCCGUGAGCAGCGAAACCAACGGCACUGCCAACAGCCCUGCUACAAUCGAAAAGAAGCUGCAGAAUCUGAGUCUAGAAGACCUCGACACCUCGAUUCAACCCCCUUCUUUUGUCCAGCCACACCCACCUUACCAUGUCUUCCCGGCUAAGGUCCACAAUACUAGGGAAUUGACCAGACCGGGUGCAGAGAAACGUACAUACCACUUCGACCUUGAUGUCACCGACUACCCUACCGAGACGGGAAUGGACUUCAAGGUGGGCGGCGCAAUAGGCGUCUCCGCACCGAAUGACUCCAAGGCUGUUGAUGAAAUUCUCGAUCUACUCCUGGUUCCGCGAUUUUUACGUGAUAAGCCUGUGCUACUUCGAACCACACGUGGCCGGUGGCCUACUGUGUGGGGUGAGGAUCAAGCCCGCGAGCUUGUCACCACCCGCAGGGACCUCCUUACCUGGUGUUCUGAUAUCCAGUCAUACCCCCCAACGAAGCCGCUUCUCAGGAUCCUCGCCGAGCAUGCGACUGACGCAAACGAGAAGAAACUGCUCAUGUUCCUUUGCGCUGGCGAGGGACAAGGUGUAUUCUGUGACUUCCGCACAGGACCCCAUAUAUCUCUGUCGCAAAUUCUCAAUGCCUUCCCUUCGGCAAAACCUCCCAUGGAUCUGUUACUCUCUGUCCUGCAGCCCCUGAUGCCCCGAUUCUACUCCCUGUCAAAUGACCCUCAUGAGAACUUCGAGAUUCGUGACGGAAAACAGCACCGCCUCAUUGAGAUCGCAGUUACCGUACAUGACACCUCUGACUGGAGGAAAGGCUACCGCACGGGCGUUGGAUCUGGAUUCUUUGAGCGGCAGUCCCGAAAGUACACGGAGCUCCAGCUAUCUGGAAUCGCCAACCCCGUCAUCCACAUUCCCAUGUUCAAGGGGCUCAUGGCCAACCCACUGGCCAAGCAGUUCGUGUCCGAUGGUCCGAUGCUCCUUAUUGGUGCUGGUGUCGGCAUCGCCCCAUUCCGUGGCUUCGUUCAGCGACGACUCAAGAACGCGAACUGCGCAAACAAGGUGUGGGUGCUACAAGGCAUCCGCGACUCUCUCGUCGAUGAGAUCUACAGCGGCGAAUGGGGUGUGCACGAGAGUGAUGUAAAGCGUAUCGUAGAGAGUCGCCGGGGCGAAGGUAAAUACGUCCAGGAGGAGGUUAUAAACCAAUCCGACCUGGUCUGGUAUGUCAUCAAUUCGGUGGACGGGCGCAUCUUCGUCUGCGGUAGCUCCAAGGGCAUGGGGGAGGGUGUUGAAGAGGCACUCGUCGACGUUGCGAUGAAGAAAGGAAACUUAUCGAGGGAGGCAGCGACCAACUUCUGGGACCUGAAGAAGCAAGUCGGUCAGUACAUUGCUGAGACUUGGUAGGUCUCGUACUGCCCUGGGAUGGGGUGUGUCUGUUCCACUGACGCAGACCAAUCACUUUGGUAUUGCGAUUGCUCUUGCUUUGAUCUUUUCGUCCUGUGGUAUCGAAGGGUUUUGCUGCUGUCCCCAACGAAGCGUUGGCUUCUGUAGAGAUUGGGUGCUCCAGAACACACGUAGAUAGACAAUGGCGUUUUGCGCAAGCUGGCUGGAUUUACAGGGUAUAGACGGCCCCAAGGGAAAUGGCAUCAAAGGGGCGUUGCAUCGGGAAAGGUAGUUGAGAUUUUUGUGAAGUUUUCUCUGGGAGCAGAAGAGUUCGUUUUGCGGGUUUCCGCAAACCUACCUGUACAUAGCAGCAUAGCAAAGCAGAUAUAUUGCAAAUGAGUGCACAGGAACAACAGAUUAUGG